AUGUCUCUCUACCAGACGCGUUCGUGCGACUCUCUGAUAAAGCUUUCUGGUGUUCGCUCUCAGCCGAAGUGGUCUUUCAGAGGGAAGCCGAACAGCGACGUUCGCGCAGAAACCCCUGGGCCGGGUCAGUACACAUCGACUGAUUCCGUGAAGCACUCGACGACGAAGCAUGGCUUUGGCACGUCUCCGCGGGACAUUGUUCGCCCUGCCACAUCGCCCGGUCCCGGAGAGUACACGCCAGCGCAGACACUCAGCGGGAGCGGCCACAAGUACGGUUUCGGGACAUCGCAGAGGCAAAGCCUGAAAAACAUCAGCGUCGCAGCUGGAAAUCCGG